UCCUCGCAGCAUUGGUCGCCAUCCAUCCACCUCUCCUCUUUCCAAUACCAAAACAGAUGGUGGAAAAAUCAUCACAUCUGCCGGGACGCAGGACAACAAUAGACAGCAUCUAGCCCAAGAGAACCGGGCGUCCAUCAUGUUUGCUGUCAAGAGCUCCAUGAGGCUGUGAGCGCCGUCGGGAUUUUUGACACGGGGUACCAUCACGGCAGCCGAGGAUUCUUCUCGCGACUGUCUGGGCUCUUCAUCGAGUGGGGAAGAUGGCCGCCAUGAAAAUUUUAACCAGCAGUGGGCUGUUCUUAGCGUUCUGUGCGUUGGGGUUGCUAGCCAUGGCAAUCUGCACCGACUAUUGGUAUGAGACAGAUGCGCGGAGACACCGAGAAAGGUGUAAAAACUACGCCAACAAGAGAAACGACCCGGGGUACAUCUAUAUCUCAAAUAGCAAUCUCCCCCUCCAGAUGCCCCCAAAGGGCAUUGAAAGGAAAGGUAACAGUCCAAGUGCAGGAGCUCAGCCUCUUAUUAGGGAAAAACGUCACUUUCAGGCUGCAGCAUCAGCUAUGGAGUCCCACUGCAGUCGCCAGUUCAAUUCAACCAUCUCUGGGCUCUGGAGAAAGUGUCAUCGAGAUGGAUUUGACCUGGAGACAGAGGAUCUCAUAUAUAAAGGUUUGAUUCAGCGGUGCAUCCCAGUCAAGUAUCACUACUCUUCCUCCAUCCUUCCGCGCAAUUUACCCAUCAACAUCACCAAGACCAUCCGUCAGGAUGAGUGGCAUGCACUCCAUCUACGCAGGAUGACGGCUGGCUUUGUGGGCAUGGCCGUGUCUAUCAUCCUGUUUGGCUGGAUUAUCGGAGUGCUGGGCUGCUGUCAGCAGCAUGACCUAAUGCAGUAUGUAGCUGGACUACUCUUUCUCAUGGGAGGAACGUGUUGUAUCAUCUCCCUGUGUACGUGUGUGGCGGGCAUCAACUUUGAGCUGUCGCGUUACCCACGCUACAUGUAUGGCCUCCCAGAGGAUAUUAGCCAUGGCUACGGCUGGUCCAUGUUCUGUGCCUGGGGGGGCUUAGGCCUCACUCUGCUGGCUGGUUUCCUGUGCACCCUGGCCCCAUCCUUAAGCACCCCCUCCCGUACAACCGUCCACAAGCCCAGGCAGGAGAAUGGAACCGUGUGAUGGGACUGUGUGACUGGCCCACGGAGCACACAAAUAAGCAACACCCAUCCAACUUCAUCCAACGUUUUUGUCCAACCACCAUCUCACCUCAUCCCCCUUCCCUGUCAUCUGUCUGAAUCAUGAGUGUACCAGAGAAAUUGUACAUGGGAGAACAGAGCAAAGACAAACCACACCAAACUGUACUCUUUACUGUACAUCUAGGACACACAGAGCAAUGGCCCCCAGAAUACUUUGGGACAUGGCAAGACCUUUUUGUUGUUAAACGUUUGACUACUAACUCUAUGGAAGCCAAAAGGCGACUGUUUGUCUGUUUGUUUUUCCCAAGAGGAAUUGUCUUAAAAUGGUGCUCUCUUUUAACACACACAACAAAGAACACAGUCCAAGAGCUUAGAAAGAAACAACAAGCAUCUCUAAAUGGAACAAACCAACAAACAAGAACAUGUGGCAGAGCAUCCUGUCAUCAUUCCUCUUUUAGUCGGGUGGUCUGUACUGUGUUUGUUAUUGUUCGCAACAAAAAAUUAUGCUGGCAUAAACUGUCCAUUGUUUUGAAUCAGCUGACUGAUGUCAAGCAUUAUCCCUAGGAAGGACUUUACAGUUUAAGCCUAAAACCUGCUUCAUGCAGCAGAGGACCAAGAGCACAAACUGGAAAUGGCAGGGGUGGAACAGCAAGAUACAAUUUUGAAGAGCAAAUCUUUCAACGCUUCUAUGAUUCAGUAUGUACAAAUGCAUCUCUACGUAGAUUCAGGUCAUUGUUUGUAUAAAGUAACUCUUGAAUAAGAAAAAAUGUUUCUGUUUGUUUCGAGGUAACAAUGGCAAUUUGGGUCUUCAGUGAUGUUGUUUGCUGGAAUAAAUUGUAUGCUUCAUGAUUAGAAGAAUAAGAGUGAUUGCAAGGCACAUUAAGUACUGUUUGAGAGUAGCAGAGGCAGUUAAAGGUCCAGUGCAGUCAAACAUGUGAUUUGUCUGUGUUUUAUAUAUAUUUCCACACUAUGAGGUUGGAAUAAUACUGACAAUGCCAUUUUAGCGUAAGAGCUGUUUGAAGAUGUUUUAAUUGAAAACAAUCACAGUAAGGUACUUGAUUAUUACCCAGAAAUGAUUUGAUAUUGAAAUAAAAACGUCUGCAUUGGACCUUUAAGGAUCAGUCAAUAUUGUAUGUUGAAGGAUGUGGUUCAAUUAAUAAAAAUGUAACCUUCUGGUAACACAUUCAAACUUAGAAACAAUGACAGACGGUAAUUUACAGUUAUAAGUGACAAUACCUGCCGUCUUGGAUUUGGCAGGAAUUGAACUGCAGAUACCAGUGUUGAACUUGCAUUUAAUGUAUUCUGUCACAAAAACCUUCACAUAGCACAACACAUUGUAGCAAGUAUCAAUGCAUUGAGUGAUUUGUUUUGUGUGAAUUGCUGCAAAAUGCAGGUAUUUGCACAGCAUUGAUUCCCAAAGCUUCUGUUAAAGUUUAUCAUUGAAUCCAUGUCUUAUUCAACACAACAUUUCUGUUAAUAUUCUUCUGUCAGUGAAAAUGGGUCAUGUUGAGAUUUACAUUGAGAGAGCAGUAGGGCUGUGAAAAGUCAAUGUCAUGUUUACAUCAGUAACACCACUGGUAUGUUGUUUUUUCCUGUCUAUCAAUCCUUUUCUCCUCACGUUUGAUGCACAUAGCUGUUCUCUGUAUUCUUCCUCAGUAGGGGGAAACUAGGAAUCAGCUCAGGUCUCUUGGAGACAAGACCAAUAAUGUGGCAGCUUGUAUGCAGACAACAUGAUGUCCUGUUAAAGCAUCAACUGCAUCACUUUAGUAUGAAGGAUCCCUUUUGAGUCGAACACUUUCCUGCAAGUGGGCCGAAUGAAUUGAGGGAGCUCACCAUUUCUAAUUUCAGUGCCACUUUUGCCCCAGGCAUACUGGCCCUUUGCAGUUUUCUGAGUCCCCUUCGCAAUUCAUAGAGAUCAGGAGAGGUCAAAAGGCCCUCAUUUGGGUAACAUUUGAUUAAUGUACUCUGUAAGUACCCAGUUCUUGCAGGACUUGAGAGGUGUAAUAAUGAUACAAGCACACUUGUGUAUUACAUAAAGGGUCUGGGAUGAAACUCAGGCCAUGUUAUUUGUGGCAGGUCUGGGUUCAGACAGGCUUCGGAGGCUAGCACUACACAUUAAUUAAGAUGGAAUUACAGGUAAGAUGGAAUUGAUGUAUUUUGUGAGUACAGAGUACUCAAGGAACACCGUUUUGUUACCUAUGUUUUAAAAAAGCACACUCAUUGUGACACUUUUUCAGCAGUGUUAUGAGGUGAGGUGAUGAGCUAUAACCUUUCCAGUGAAUUAGUGUUUGACUGUAGAUAAAAAAACAUUGCCUCAAAGUGACUACAAAGUGAAACAUACAAACAUUGUUACUACAUGUAGCACCACCUCAGACUUGUAAAAGAGCUGUGGAUAUUGGUGGUGUUCUGCUGCCAUUCUGAGCUCAUCCACAGUCUUCUCCUCCAGUUUAUAUCAACACACAUGUACAGGUUUUGUCCCUUAGAUCUCUAAAUUGGCCAAUGGUAUUGAAUGCAUGGAUAAUUGCUACAAUAAACAAUACAAGUAUUGCAAUUGCGUUGUUUGAAUAAUGAUAAAGGUUUUGUUGCUAAUCCGGUUGAUAGAGAAAAAUAUGGAUAGCAGAGCAAGAUUUCUGAAAAAGUGGUCAAAUGGCCAUGUAAAAAAUAAUGAGAGAAGGGGUAAGCACAAUAUACAACUUGUAUGCAAAAGUGACUGCAAAAUAGUUCUCUUAUUGGGACUUCUAGUGUUUCAUGAGGAACUGGAAAGUGUUCAGUGUGAGCAAUGUGGGACACUGUGUACAAAUGCCACAAUUUCAAGUGGCACCUCUUUAAGUAGCACUGCUAUGAUUUUCUACAUGUCAUUUAUACUGGUUCAAUCCACGAGGAUGGAGAAAGACGAUCAAAAGACAUUGUAGUCUCGCAUGAGAUCAUUAUGGUUCAUUUCUUUUAAUGUAUUCAAACUUGUGUCCAUUUUUUAAAUCUAAUUUAUUUUACUGAAAUAAAAUGUAAUUCAUAUACUAUUCUGAAGUCAAAUGUGUCUGUAUAUUUCAUGUAUUUUAGAUGUCUAUGUCAUCUUAUGUCACAACAGAAAAACACUGAGCUUAGGUAAACCUCUUCCUGUGUACUGCCCAUCUGGGCUUACAUGUACACUAUUUCACACUCAUAGAGAGUAUAAUCAAAUAGGCUAUUAUGGUUCUUGCAACCACUGCAGUAAAGGUUUGGUUGGACAUGUGGCACAUUUUUCAGAGGAAUUACAUGAAUGCCAUGAUUUGACAAUAA